CUCUCAGUCAUGGGACAGGAAACAGGGCUGGACGUGAUCAGGGCUUCCCUUCCAGCAGGCAGAGCUGAGCUGAGCGAUUUGAACUAUACAGCGCUCUGGACGCGUGACUCACAACCAUGCCGAAAGAAGAAUUCUUUGUAGAUAUGACCUGCGAAGGCUGCUCCAAUGCUGUGAAUCGUGUUCUCUCUCGGUUAGAAGGAGUCCAGUAUGAAAUAGAUUUACCCAACAAGAAAGUGGUAAUUGAAUCCAAUCUCUCUGUGGACGUGUUGCUUGAAACACUGAAGAAAACUGGAAAGGAAGCAAAGUACCUGGGUUGCAAAUAACGGACCAAGUCCCUAAAGAAUGAAGACAAAAUGUCCUAUAUGUGGGUAUUCGUGUUUGUGUAAAGAAGAGUAUUUAUACCUAUAGUGCAAAAGACUUUAAAUUAACCAACAAUCGAGCUGUGUCAUGCUUUUUCUACCUUUUUUCCCCUAACUCUAUUACUGUGGGUUUCUAUCAUGUGCAUGGUUUUUCUACCUGUUUCCUAACUCUAUUACUGUGAGUUUCUGUCAUGUGCAUGUUUAAAAUAAAAAUUCACUUAAUUGUG